CUCCAAUGCAUUCUAUCAACAUUCUACCACACACAUCCCCCUCCAACAAUGCAGACGGUCGCCCCCCUCAUUCGUGAUUUCGAACAUCGACACGGCCCAUACAACCAAGCCUCCAAACAGGCCUUUGCCGACUUUUGCAUCACUAGGGCCGAUGAGUAUAUCCAGAACCCCCGCCAAGCGCUGGCUUCCCUGGACCACAAUCGACACCUAGCCCCUCGCACCGCUCCGCGUGAUCUCUUCGAGCCAGCUCCAGACUCCAAACGCCGAGCUGAGAGCAAAGAAAAGAAUAGCAGAGAGGCCUCUGCCAUGUUUCACUACAACAACGCCAUCAAAGACAUCAUCCGACAUGAAACGCCGUCCUCCCGCUUCGCCAAAAUCAAGCGUGAAACGAGACGCCUCGACAAGCUGAUCAUUGAUGCUGGGUACCGGAAAGCUGGACCCGGACAGCGCUGGCACAUGGGCAGUGGCUUCUUCCAAAACCUCCCGUUCGAGUACUUUGACAAUCUGCUGGAGGAGAAAGGCGACGAGGAGGGCUCGGACUUGACGGAAGAUGAGGUGGGCUGUGUCAAGGAGUAUCUGUCCCUCGCAAAGAAAUGGCCAAAGGCCACAACGCAGCAGCGCCUCGAUUGGCGGAAAGUCAAUCCAUGCGGAUUUGUCAAAAGAGAUCGAGAGUAAACAGAGUUUCACGAAGUUGGAGGGUACGCAUACAUUCGGCGCUAUAGAAUGCAGAUGACGAGAAAAUUCGUCAGUUUUUCGCGGCAUACGUCAAAUGCAGUAGAAUGCAGAAAAAAUGACCAAAUUUGCCAAUCUCUUUCCGCCACACUCUAUCUGCAUAAUAGCUCGUAAUUCGCCGCCGGUAGAAUGCAUUUAAAACCUCCA